GCUCUAAUAGUUCAACGGUCACACUGAUCACAAGCUGAUAUUUCUACAAAAAAAUAGUGCUAUUUAAAAAGCAGCCGCAGUUUUCCGUGGAAAACCCGAAAUACACAGCAGUAUUCUACAAGCACAUUGUCAAGCAACUUCGCAAUGGAGAACAACGAAGCCCCCUCCCCCUCCGGAUCCAACAACAACGAUUUUCCCAUACUUCCGCCACCGCCGAACGCGAAUGACGACAACUACAAUCAAUUCGGGGACCACCAAAUCAGGAACAACAAUGCGGCUCAGAAGAAGCUGCAGCAGACCCAAGCCAAGGUGGACGAGGUGGUCGGGAUUAUGCGUGUGAACGUGGAGAAGGUCCUGGAGCGGGACCAGAAGCUAUCGGAGCUGGGCGAGCGUGCGGACCAGCUGGAGCAGGGAGCUUCCCAGUUCGAGCAGCAGGCCGGCAAGCUGAAGCGCAAGCAGUGGUGGGCAAACAUGAAAAUGAUGAUUAUCAUGGGCGUGAUAGCCGUUGUGCUGCUCAUCAUCGUUCUGGUGUCCGUUUGGCCAUCUAGCAGUGACAGCGGCAGUGGUGGAGGAAACAAGGCCAUCACCCAAGCACCGCCGCACUAAAGCCUCCUAGGGAGCGAGGUAAACACAUGGAUACGAAAUGGAAAAGGACCAAACAAACACAACUGGGACGGAAGCCUUUCUGGUCUUUUUGCGCAAUAGGAGAACGGGGAGAUGAAAAUCAAAAGGAUAACUUACUAAAAUUGCGUCUAGCAUAUAUUUAACCAGAUUGUAAUUAUUAAAUCUUAAUGGUAAACUUAACAUUUUUAUGUGUUGUAGCCGCGACCAGAGGUCCCCUUAAUGUGUAUUGCAUAUAUACAAUUAUAUAUACGUGUAUGUCAUCCAAUUUAAAAUACAUCAUGCCACCUACACUUUAA